CAGUCGAGCUAGCGGGUGGUUACAACAAAGUUUAUGUUUGAGAACGUUGCGCAUAACCUCACACACUAAACACAAACUCAGUCUCCGUUUAUGUUUGCACGUGCAAUGUUUACAUUCAUUUAUUCACAUUAAAUUGCAAGUAAACAGUGUUUUUUUAUUUAAUGCACAGUAACGAUAACAUCAGUGAAUAUUUAGUGAAAAAUAAUUUAAUUAGUGUAAAAUAAAUAGUGUCAAUUUUUUUUCUAUAAAAAUGACUCAGGAAAACAAGAAAAUAUCAUUUGGCUUUUCAAAGUCAUCCAGAAAGCCUCUUUUGAAAGCUCCAGUUGAAGCUAAAGUCAAAGAUGAAAAGGAUUAUAUUAAAUGCAUUGAUGACAAGUCAAUAAAACUUAUCAAUGAAACAAAGGUGGUAAAUGGUCCGCUGGUUAUACCGCUAAUAGAAAGCAGUAAUAGUUGGAAAAAUAAACUUAUAGAAAAAUUAAAUUCAAAAGAUGUAAGUACUUCUUCAGAAUCUUCUAAAAAAUUAAAUUCUACAGAAGCAUCAUCAAAAAAUUUUAAUUCUACACCAGAAGCUUUAGAAAAUUCAAAUUCUCCAGCUCCAGUAUUAAAAGAUUCAGUUGCAGCUUCAGAUAAUUUAAAAUCAUCAUCAAAAGAAGAAAUAGAAAUAUUAGAUGUAGAAAAAAUAAAAAAAGUAGUCGAGGUAAUAGAAAUUGAAGAAAAUGAUCAAGAAGAAAAGGAAAUAUCAAAUGUAAGUAAAUUAAAUAAAGUAGAAAUUGAUGAAAAAGAAUGGGACCGUCUUGCUGCUGAAGAAAUAUUAAAGGACAGCCAGAAAAAAAUAAAAGUCGAAAAAACUAAUGAUUUUAAAAUAGAAAUGACUGAAUCUAAUGUGUUUGUCGGUGAGGAAGAGUCAACUCUGGAGGAUUACGGAAGAAUUCCAAUAGAUCAAUUCGGAAUGGCGAUGUUGCGUGGAAUGGGCUGGCAUCCUAACAGAGGAAUCGGUAAGAAGCCGCAGCUGGUGACCACAGAGGUCCCGCUUUCGCGGCCACGAGGAAUGGGCCUGGGAGCUGACAAGGUGGUAAAAAAACCCUCAAGCUCAGGGGAUAGCAAAAAAGAGUUGAAGCUGGAGAAGGGCUGCUUCGUCAAGCUCAUCGCGGGCAGGUUGAUGGGGCACUAUGGAGAGGUGAAGGGCUUUGACGAGGACAAAGGCCGAGUUAUGGUGAAGCUAUCUCUGGUGGAUGAUGUUCAGACGUUCAGCGAGGUGAUGCUUGACCCGGUCUCCAAGGAUGAGUUCGAUAAGAAUUCAAAGGUUAUAAAUAUUUCCAAGUACGAGGAGUACAAGAACAAAACUCAGGACUUGGAGGAUGGAAGGAGCAGGGUCAAUGGUUAUGUUGAGAGGGAGCGCGAUGAUGAUAGGAGGGACGUUUCUUAUUCUUCAAGGGACAAGAGAAGAGAUCGAGAACGCAGCAGGUCCAAGGAGAGGUCUAGGGGUGGUAAAAAUAAAUAUGAGAAAAAAGAUAGGGAUAGAAGUAGGUCCAGGGGCAGAGAAAAUAAACAUGAGAGGAGAGAUCGUGGGAGAGACAGGUCUGGGGACAGGCAUAAGCACAAAAAGUCUAAGCAUCACAAAAAACAUAGGCAUUGAUUGUUUAUUUUUUUUUUAAGGCACAACAAUUCUCAAGGAAGUAACAAUUAAAGAAAAAGAAGAUUUUAUCAUUAAUGAUAAAAAUUCACAGACUACAAUCUUAAGGGAGUAUUCUACUGUAGAGGCAUGAAUUUCGCCCGGUUUUAGAAGCGCUGUACGAAGGAAACAAAAAAUAUUUUUAUAAUAAAUUUUUUUAUCAUUUGUU